UAUAGUUUUUAUUCUGUGAUAACUGUCAAAAGUUGUGAAAUUGAAAACAGCGAUCGCGAAUCGAAAAAUAUUUUGGAAUAUCGUGUAAAAUAAGUUUAAACAAGCGGUGAAGCGGAGUCUUAUUGCUAUUUUGUAGUCUGCCAUUAAAUUGUAACUUGAAAUAUGGCUAAGUUAGAACUAACACAGAGUCUUACGGGUCAUAAAGGCAUUGUGUGGAAUGUAUCAUGGCACCCUCUGGGAAAUAUAUUUGCCUCUUGUGGGGAAGAUAAAACUAUUAAACUAUGGCACAAAGAGGGUGAGGAGUGGAAGGUGAAGGCUGUGUUAGUGGAUGGUCACCAGCGCACCAUCAGGGAGGUUGCAUGGUCUCCUUGUGGAAACUUACUGGCCUCUGCUAGCUUUGAUGCUACCACAGCCAUCUGGGACAAAAAAAGUGGUCAGUUUGAAUGCAAUGCUACAUUAGAAGGACAUGAGAAUGAAGUGAAAAGUGUAGCAUGGUCGCCUUCUGGUCACCUCCUGGCUACCUGUGGCCGUGACAAGUCAGUGUGGGUGUGGGAGGUCGCUGGAGAUGAUGAAUAUGAAUGUGCAGCCGUACUCAAUGCUCAUAAUCAAGAUGUCAAGAAAGUAGCCUGGCAUCCAUCAUUGGACAUUUUAGCCUCAGCUUCCUAUGACAACAAUGUCAAAAUGUACAAAGAGGACCCAAAUGACAAUGACUGGACUUGCAUUGCCACUCUGCAGUCCCACGAGUCCACUGUGUGGAGCCUGGCCUUCGACAAGACCGGGGAGAGGCUCGCCACAUGCAGUGACGACAACACUGUUAAAAUAUGGAAGGAAUACAAACCUGACAACCAAGAAGGAGUAGCAAUGGCUGAUAGGGAUGCUGUGUGGAAAUGUGUCUGUACAUUGUCUGGGUAUCACACUAGAUGCAUCUAUGACAUAGCCUGGUGUCACAAGACUGGUCUAAUUGCCACUGCAUGCGGUGAUGAUAUCAUCAGAAUAUUUAAAGAGACUGUGGACUCUGACCCUAACGCACCAACAUUUGAUCUGGUGAGCACCAAGCUGGAUGCCCACGCUCAGGAUGUGAACUGUGUGAAGUGGAACCCAACUGGGAACAAAGAGUUACUCUCCUGCAGCGAUGAUGGCUCCAUUAAGGUUUGGAAGUUGGAGGAGUAAAAGUAUAAUGAACCAUUUUACCACACAACUGUGUAUACAAUCAUAAUGUAUAAUAU